AUGGUCGACAGUGAAGAUACAGACCCCUCAAAGGACCUCAGUACAACGGAUUACAAUCCACAAGUUCCCGAAGAUGAAGAGAAACAACAACAUCUUCACAACCGUCAAAAACAUCAGAGAGCUCCAGUACAAAUUGGUGUGAAUAGAAGACUCACAAAGAUAGAUUCGAGGAUCCCUCAGGGAACUUUAGCAUUUGAAAAAUCCAAAGUUGGUGAUAUAAAAGUUGAACCUGGUAGUUUCCAAUUCAUAUUUUGGUUCUUUAUUGCAACAGAAGUACCCGUGAUCACAGCAUGUAUUGGUCCUUUGGCAAAUAUGAUUUCAGUGGCUGCCUUAGUGAAUAGAUGGAGAGCUGGUGGUGAACAUAAUCAAGACAUCUUGGAUACCCCUACAGUGUUGUCAUUGAAUGCAAUUUCUUUAGCGUUAGGAUGUAUUGCAAAUGUUAGCUUGAUUUUAAAUUUUAGUCAAAGACUAAAUUAUAAAGUAUCUCAACUCCUAUCAGUGGUUUGCUUCAUGCUGGGUACUAUCAUCUUAUUGGUUGCUAUAAUCAUCGCACACAUUGUUUAUUUUAAACAAGGUCAUUACACAAAGUCUGAAGGUUUUUGGUUUGCCGUGUUGACCACUAUUCUAUAUUCAAUGUGUUCACUCACUUGUUUUAUGAAUUUCCUAGGUUAUUUAUUGGGUAAAUAUCCAGCUAAGUUGAAUUUACAAAUCUCUGAAAGAGGUUUGAUUGCUUAUACAUUUCUAUUAGCCGUGUGGUUCCUUUGGGGUGCUGCAAUGUUUUCACAAUUAUUACAUUUAUCAUAUGGUAAUGGAAUGUAUUAUUGUACAACCUCAUUGUUAACCAUUGGACUAGGUGAUAUAACACCUUUCACAAAUGUCACAAAAGGGUUAUCAUUAGUUUAUUCAUUAUCAGGUGUCAUUAUAUUGGGUUUAAUCAUUGCGAUGAUUAGAGGUGUUAUUGUGUCUUCAUCUGCUCCAAUUCAUUUAUGGAAUAAAGUUGAAUCCGAAAGGAAAAAAAUCCUUAACAUCUGA